AUGCCCUUCAUCAGACUAGUCGUGGCUGGCACCGGCGGCCUUGCCAAGCUUGCCAUUCCUGCAAUUCUGAGCUCAACCCAACCGAAAUUCGAAGUCACCAUCCUUACUCGGAAGACUUCUAGCACCCCGCCAUCCUUCCCUGGUGCUAAAGUGGUCCAGGUUGACUACAGCGACCAUGCAGAGCUUGUACGCUUGUCCGCAGGUGCUGACGCCAUCGUGUCUCUCGUCAACGGUGGGAUCAGCAGAAUCGUCGACAGGCAGCUACUCGCGGCUGCCCAGGAGGCGGGAGUUCGGCGCAUCUUCCCUUCCGAGUACUCGCUGGAAAUCCUGCACCCAUCGGCGCAAUCGCUUCUGACACUGGAUAAGCCAUGGCCCGAUAACCUCGCGGUAGUGCCUCUGGCAAAGGAAUUCGUGGAUCUUGCCAACAAGGGUGGCCCGACAAGCUUCACCACCAUCGUUCCCUCGGCUUUCAUCGACGAGUGGGUCAAGGGAUCAUUUGCCCUGUUCGAGCCGAAGAACAACAAGGUGACGGUCCUUGACGGUGGCGACCAUCCUUUCACUGGGAGCUCUUUGCCCUUCAUCGCCGGUUGUCUCGUGGCUGCCCUCAAAAUGGACGAAGAGAAGACAAAGAACAAGCGUCUUCACGUCAGCGAGGUCCGCACAACUGUCAACGAGAUCAUAAGGCUCUACGAGAAGAUUACAGGACGCGGAUUUGAGAGAGUUCCCAUCACGACGCAGGAACUGACUGAGCAGCGCAACAGGUACUUUGUGGACGGCCAGAGCUUUCCAGCCAUUCUUACCACCAUCCAGAUUGCUGCUUUUGGCGGUGGCGGCGCAGGGGAUCUCGAAGAUGGCUUGCAGUUCGAUGGUGACGGAUUCUUGGAUGUGAAGCGGAAGAGCAUUGAACAGCUGGUCCGUGACGGUCUGGAGAAGAUUGGGGUUGUCUGA